AUCGAAGUGGAAUUAUCACUUUCAGGGAUGAUUCAAAGAUGGAUGCCGGUGAAGAGAUCGCACCACAACUCUUCCGAGCCAUUCAACAAUCGUGGUGCUCGGUAAUUGUUUUUUCAGGAACCUAUGCCUUUUCAAGUUGGUGCUUGGAGGAGCUUGCUGAGAUUGUUAAACAAAAAAACGAGAAAGGACAUAAAGUGUUUCCAAUUUUCUACGACGUGAAUCCAUCUGAUUUAAGAAAACAGAAAGAAAAAGUUGAAGAAGCAUUUGCCAAACACGCAGAGAGAUACAAGGAAGAUAAAGAAAAGAUUCUAAGGUGGCGAAAUGCUUUGACUCAAGUGGCUAACAUCAAAGGAUGGCAUUUAAAUAACAGGCAUGAACCUGAAUUUAUUGGAAACAUUGUUAGAAAAAUAUCAGAAAAAUUAUGUCAGACAUAUCCAAUUGUUCAUGAUGAGUUGGUUGGAAUUAGUUCACGCUUGGAGGAGUUGCAUUCCAAAAUAGAGAUUGGGGAAGAUGACAUCCGCAUCAUAGGAAUUUACGGAAUGGGUGGCAUCGGUAAAACAACUCUAGCAAGAGUUGUAUACGACCAAAUGUCAUCUCAUUUUGAAGGUAAAUGCUUCAUUGCUGACGUUCGAGAAGUUUCAGACAAAUUUGGACUCGUUUCUCUACAGAAACAACUUCUUUUCCAGAUCUUGUCUGGUGAAGUCUUCGAAUUUUUCAAUGUUCAUGAAGGGAAUGCCAUAAUUAGCCAUAGGUUGUCUAACAAAAAGGUCCUAGUUGUUAUUGAUGAUGUGGAUAAUAUACAACACUUGAAAUGCUUGGUUGGAAGGCAUGAUUGGUUCGGUUUAGGGAGUAGAAUCAUUAUAACAACAAGAGAUGAACACUUGCUCCAAUCUUACCGAGUUGAUGAUGUGUACAAGCCUUCAACAUUGAAUGACAGCGAGGCACUUCAACUUUUCAGUUUGAAAGCUUUUGAUAGUGAGACAGCACCAAAUGAUGUUUUCAUUGAGCUUUCUGAACAUGUUGCAAAAUAUGCCAGUGGUCUCCCCUUAGCUCUUGAAGUCUUGGGUUCUUUUUUGUGCGGUACAGAUGUAGCUCAAUGGAGAAGUGCAAUCCAAAGACUUGAAAAGGAUUCUAACAAAGAGAUUAUUGACAGACUUCGAAUUAGCUUUGAUGGAUUGGAAGAAACGGAGAAGAACAUAUUUCUAGAUAUAGCAUGCUUCUUCAAUGGGGACGAGAAAGAUUUUGUAAUGAAAGUAUUGGAUGGCUGUGAGUUUUUCCCGGAUAUCGGAAUCGAUGUUCUCAUUAAGAAGUCUCUACUAACAGUUGACGAAAGCAACAAAAUGUGGAUGCAUAACUUACUACAAGAAAUGGGAAGAAGAAUUGUUCGGGAAAAAUCUAUUGAGGAACCUGGAAAACGUUGUAGAUUAUGGGACGAAAAGGAUGUAUAUCAUGUGCUAACGAAAAACACUGAUAUCCAACAAGAUGCUCAAUUUGAAUGUUAAUGCUAUCUCGAAGAU